AUGCCAGCGAGGAAAUAUUACUGCGACUACUGCGACAAGCAAUUCCAAGACACACCAGCCGAUCGGAAACGACACGUUCAGGGUAUUCAACACCAACAAGCCAAAGCUCGGUGGUACGAUUCCUUCAAUCAACACCACCAACAGAUCCCUAAUCCACCCCUUUGCUUUCACUUCCUCAACACGGGAUUUUGCCGUUACGCCCACUCUUGCAAGUACCUUCAUCCUGUUCCCAACAACGCUAUACACCCGUCUCCAAUCGUAAGCACACCCUCACCAGGGAAUGUGGUAGGAGUAUCACUGGGAAAUUUACCCCCAUCCCUGCAGCCUCCGCCUGAGGCUGGAUAUCCCCAUCUCCCCUUUGUGGAUUGGGGAUAG